AUGCCCCUCGACACAUCCUCAUACUCGCUGGCGCUCCUGCGCGUCGACGGUCGGCGAUGGAACGAGCUGCGCCGAUGCCACGCCCAGAUACGCACUCAGGCCGCGGCAGAUGGGUCCAGCUACCUCGAGAUGGGCAACACGAAGGUCAUGUGCGUCGUGACGGGCCCUACCGACCAGCAAUCCGCGCGACGAGCAGGUGGAGGAGGAGGGGGUGGUGGACAGAGGUCAGAGCAGGACAAGGAGGCCGAGGUGGCUGUGAGCAUAGUGAUUGCUGGCUUCAGCAGCGUGGACCGGAAACGAAGAGGACGAGGAGACAAACGCAUCUCAGAGAUGCAAUCGACCCUCUCGCACGCCCUCUCCUCGACACUGCACACACACCUCUACCCGCAUAGCACGAUAACCUUCUCGCUGCACGUGCUGUCGCAGGACGGCUCGCUGCUGGCGGCGCUGAUCAACGCCUGCACGCUGGCGGCCGUGGACGCAGGCAUCCCGAUGACGGACUACAUCUCGGCGUGCACGGCGGGCAGCACCUCGACGCACGCCGCGGGCGACGAGGGCGCCGACCCGCUGCUGGACCUCAACCAGCAGGAGGAGCAGGAGCUCCCCAGCCUGACGGUCGCGACCCUCGGCGCCGCGGGCGACCGCGUCGCUGUGCUGGUCUGCGAGAGCCGCGUCCAGGUCAGCCGGCUUGAGGGUAUGUUGGCUGUUGGUGUUGACGGGUGCAAGCAGGUGCGGCAGAUUUUGGAUGCGUGUGUAAGGGAGAAGGGUGCGAGGAUGAUACGCGAGGGGGCAGUGGAGAAGGGCGUUGGCGUGGGGGACAUGGAGCUUGAUGGGUGA